AUGGUUUUUUGUCCUGUAUGCAACAAGCAAGUCAAAGAAAGCCUGAUCAACGAGCACAUCGACAGCGGCUGCACCGACCACAUCCUCCCGCAGAAUGACACGCCCAAUCCGACCAGGACGCACAGCUUCUUCACCCCCACGGCCCGCAAGGCUACUACUGCUGCAACCAGCGUUAAGAACGGAAACCCUGCCUCGUCGCCGCCCGCUCCGCCCGCUGCGACACAACGCGUAGAACGCCCGAAGACACCUCCGGCAAAUGUUGGGACGAAACGAUCUUCCGACGAGGCUGCCGAUGGGCACGCCAACGGCGACCCUCACUCGCCGCCGACUCCGAAGCGAAAGAAGAAGCUGAGAGUGUUGGACCAUGUUGCGCCUCUGGCGGAGCGGAUGCGGCCAACCACGCUCGACGAUGUGUACGGCCAAGAGCUAGUUGGGCCAAACGGACUGCUUCGAGGCAUGCUCGAAAGCAAAAAGCUGCCGUCCAUGGUGCUUUGGGGGAAGUCCGGAACCGGAAAGACGACUAUCGCUCGCCUUAUCGCGAACCAGUCCGGCUCGCGCUUCGUAGAAAUCAACAGCACAAGCACGAAGUUGGAUGAAGUCAGGAAGAUAUUCGCGGAGGCUCUGAAAGAUCUACAGCUUACGGGGCGCAGAACCAUCGUCUUUUGUGACGAAAUACACCGGUUCACGAAGACCCAGCAGGACGCCUUCUUGGGGCCUGUCGAGGCCGGACAGAUUACUCUGAUUGCUGCUACUACAGAAAAUCCUUCGUUCAAGGUCAUCAACGCCCUCCUGUCGCGCUGUCGGACGUUCACGUUGGUAGACUUGAGCGAGAAUGAUUUGGUCAAGAUACUAGAACGGGCUAUGGAGGCUGAAAACUGCGCAUCACCGCUAUUAGACGCUGAAAUGCUUCGGUACUUCGCAUCGUUUUCGGACGGAGAUGCGCGCACCGCCCUGAAUCUCCUCGAGCUCGCCAUGGGCUUGAGCGCCAACCCGUCCAUCACCAAGGACGGCAUCAAGAAGAGGUUAACAAAGACGCUCGUGUACGACCGCGCCGGCGACCAGCAUUACGACAGCAUUUCCGCAUUACACAAGUCGAUAAGGGGGUCCAAUGCAGACGCCGCUCUGUACUACCUAGCACGAAUGCUGGAGUCCGGAGAAGACCCCCGAUACAUCGCCCGUCGCCUCAUCGUUGUCGCCUCGGAGGACGUCGGGCUUGCAGAUAAUUCCAUGCUAUCCCUCGCAACAGCAACGUACGCUGCCUGCGAGAAGAUCGGUCUGCCCGAAUGCCGCAUCAACCUUGCGCAUGCCGUCGUAGCCCUUAGCCUCUCACCGAAGUCAACACGAGCAUAUCGAGGGCUGAACGCCGCCAUGGCUGCCUUGAAAGAGCCGGGAGUAGCAAGCUUGCCAAUCCCAUUCCAUCUGCGGAAUGCCCCGACCGCUCUGAUGAAAGAAAUUGGCUAUGGUGAUGGUUAUAAAUACAACCCGGAUUACCUGGACGGGAGAGUGAAGCAAGAGUACUUGCCCGAGAAGAUAAGAGGACGGAAGUUCUUGGAGGAUGUUGAUUUGGGAACUGUGGUGGAUGAAGAUCUACUGGACGAGGACACUCUGCGACCGGAGUUGGAUGAUUGA